AUGAUGAGAGAGAACACUGGUGGUCGUCUGGUCGGGUGACCGGAGGACAAAGAUACGAUACAUCCAGUCCUCACCCCGCCGCCGCCAUCCAGGCGCCGACGACCUCCCAUCUCGGAGCCGGCCGGUGACCACCGUGCCACCCUUCUUCCCCCCACCUCCACCACGCCGCCGCUCCACCCCCGCAGAUCCAGAACGCAUCCCCCGCCGCCACCAGCCGCCAUCCCGGCUUUGACGACCACCAUCCGGAGCAGGUGACCACUGACCACCGCGCCACGCCGCAUCCCCCGCCAUCCACCACCUGCCCUGCUCGCGAUGAACGAUGGCAGCCUUCAGAUGUGUUCCGCCAUGCCUCGGGAGCAAUAUCCUUGAUCCGGGUAGGGGUUUUCUUUCGGACAAGUGCUUCAACUGCCGCGAGGUUGGUCAUCGGGUAGCAACGUGUCCGGUUGUUCCUCCCCGCCCGCAGCGUGCUCGACCGGUUGCCACCGGGAAUCCACCACGCUCCUUGUCAAAGCUGCGAGGGAAGUGCUUCAAUUGUCUGGCAGCUGAUCACCGUGUCGCGGCUUGCACUCAUCCUCCCCGUUGCCUUUGUUGUUGGGGAUAAGGCCAUUUCGCUCGGUGGUGCCCUUCUUCAGGCCACUUCUCCUCAGCUUCACAGAGGGCUGUCCCUGUUGCCUACUCUUCACAGAGUGCAGGGGGAUACCAGUCGAUGUUGAUCACGUUCAAUGCCGACGCGAUUUCUACAGCUUUGAUUUCUCAAGCUAUUAGCGAGAAGCUUUGUAUCCCACCUGCCGAGUUCCGGGUGGAGAUUCUUCCAAAGAUGACAAAUGACAAUGUUGGUGCCGAGUCCCGGGUGGAGGUUCUUCCAAAGAUGACAAAUGACAAUGUUGGUGUCCCCAAUAAGGUGGUUUUGGGGUGCCAUUUGCCAGAUGGUCAGGAAGUGCCCUCUUCUCCACCCGAGGGAGAUUUGGAGAAGCUUACAGCAGCGCCCCUUCCUUCAGUUGUAUCGCCCCUUUCUCCGAGCGCACCUAACACAGCCGUCGCAUUGACUGUUUCAACAUCCCAUGGGAGUGUUCCUUCAUCUCUCAAUGAAGGACAUGGGGUAUCUAGCAAGAUAGCUGCACCAAAGGAAGAGCAUGUUACUCCAACUAUGGACCCUCCAUCUAGGUGUGAGCAUCUUCCUCUUGAGGUUGCACCAAGCAACCUGGUGACAGAUAAAGCAGAGCUACUUGAGAUCACAAAAGCUCCAGCGGUGAAGAAUAGGUUGGCCAAAAGAGUGCGGCAAAAGAUUAUCACUGCCACCUCUCGAAGAAGUGUCCCUCUACCUUCAAACAUGAAGAAAAGGCGACUCCUCAUUGACCAAAUGAAAACAUAUGUACUCAUGAAGAAGCUAGGCAUUAUCACAAAGGAUGAGGAGGUGGAUGAAGACACUAUGGAUAGGUGCAUUGCGUUCCUAAAAGAGGCAUACCCGGGACACUAUGUUCAGCUUGCUGUAAUCUUAUUUGGGCUACACAACGUGGCUCGUGUUCCAGGACCUUAACCUAGAUUCAUAUUAGUUUGGUCAGAUGCGUGACUUGUUUAGGUGUUUUAGGUGUUUUGGGUGCUUUGGUGUGACUUGUUUAGGUGUUGGGUGUUUUAGGUGUUUUGGGUGCUUUGGUGUUUGCAGGUGUUUAGUGUAGCUUUGGGGAAUGUAUUAUAGAUGUUUUGGCUGCUUUGGUGUUUGCAGGUGUUUAGUGUAGCUUUGGAGAAUGUAUUAUAGAUGUUUUGGCUGCUUUGGUAUUUCAGGUGUCUAGUGUAGCUUUGGGUAAUGAUCUUGAGGUGCUUGUAGGAUGGUGUUUUCAGUGGGAACCCUUUCUUGGGUCGAUGUGUAUCUCUUCUUUAUCAAUGAAAUGAAGCAGUUUCUGCCUUU